UUUGCAGGGAGUGAACUUGUCCUGCGUGAGAAGCGCCUCCGCCCGCAGCAGCCUUCAAGCGUUCCGCGCGAACUCGACCACGAUGAGGCCCCUGCUGCUCGCCGCCCUUGCUCUGGCCGCCUCGGCCGUCGCGGUUCCGCCUCUUGGCGUCGUCGAACCCCAGCAAAGAGUCGGUGAGAGUUACCCAUCCACGGGAUCCUCGACGACCAGCUCUUCACUAGAAAGCACCGCAGCGCAAACCACAUCAUCGGUAGAAAUUUCAACAUCCACUGAAAUUACGGUUUCUCCUGGGAGUACAGCAUUCCCUACAAGCACGGUAGAAAGCACAGUGUCUUCAGGAAGCACAUAUUCGUCAGAAAGCACAAACUCUACAGACUCUGCGACUGAAGACCCGGCCGCGCCCGAGCCUGGGCUGUCGGGCGGGGCCAUCGCGGGGAUCGUGAUCGGGUCCCUGGCAGGGGUGGCCCUGCUGGCGGGCGGCGUGUAUCUCCUCAAGGCGAAGGGCCUCCUGUGCUUCGGCUAAUCCUCCUUCCGCGCCUCUUGCUGAGGGGCGACGGCCGCGGGGCGCCCCCUGACGCCCCUAGAUCUGCCGCGGCCGUGGUCCCUUGCCGGCGCCUGUCUCCGAGAGCGAGAUUUCGGGAGGUUUUUUUGUUGUAAAGAAGA